AUGGGUAAGUCUCGCGACUGGACGAAAAGUCUGUUGGAAAUGUUGUAUGUGGAAUUCAACGAUGAUUUAAUCCCUAGAGAUCUGGGCGGUGAUGCAUCGAUCCUGAAAUCGGGAUCGAGGUUUCACAAGGCGUUGAUCGAACUUAUGCCUGCAGAAGAUUUCCUGAAGAUGUGGACCGAGGAAGAGGUCACUCACAUGAUACCCCGGAUACAAAUUCUAGCAUUUUGGUUGGUAUACCACCAAUUCGCCCAUACAUCCGCCAAGACCUAUGUUGCGCAACUGCGGUCCAAGGAACCAUUAGCUGUUGUUUUGCUAGAUACGAAGGUCGUGGUUCCGGAAAGUGUGGUUAGUGAGAUACUCUUGAGUAUAUUCAUAGACUCCGAAUCCGAGUUCAAAAACAAAGAAAUAUACACCAGCCACGAAAAUGUCGUAAUCCCCUUCGCAAGUCCAUUCGGUGCAUCGGUAUUGCAUUGCGGAGCUCCGGAUUGCGGUGUUUCUUUCCUACCGGAGGAGGUUUCACUAAAACGGAUUGCGGAUGGUGAGGUGGAAUGGAGCGCACGGUUAUCGGAUCAGGUGAGGAGGAAGAGGAGAGAUCAUUUGGUGGAUGUUUUUGGGAUUCUGGGGGAAAUUAAUAAAGGGAAGGAGAAGGAGAGGAAUGAGACGGGAUUACCGGGUGUAACGAAAAUUCCCGAGAGACCGAGUGAAAUACAUACGUGUAUGCGUAUUGGGAUGGCCAAAACUUGGGCGAAAUUGACACGCGAGGAGCGGAAGUAUUUAGCGGGCGUACUUGCGAUUUCUUGGUCGGGAGAUGGUGAUGAGGGGAAUGAGGGGGUUAUUGGGGAGUUUGUGAUGAAAGCGCGGAAACAGAUUUGUGGGAUUGGAAGGGGGAAUGUUUUUUCGGCGACGAUGGAGAGGGAUAUUAGAGCUAUGUUGCCUAGUCUAUUGGAGGUGCUUAGGUUGGAUAUAAUAAUGGAAGGAAAAGAGGGGGUGGAUGGAGAUGUGAGUGCAUUUGAGUAUGAUUUUGGGGGAAAUAGGGUGGAGGGGAAGAUUAGGUAG